AUGUUGAAAAGAGUAUCUGAGAAUCAGAUAACAAAAGAUGAUAUUGAGGAUGAGGAAGAUGAAAGAUAUGGUGCCAUCGAGCCAUCAAAAAUAGCUUCUCCUGAAACUAUGAGCAAAAGAAAAAUCGCAAUGCCAAAAAGAAAUAUGAAAUUUUCAUUUAGGGGCAGCAAUGAAAAUGUAAAAGAUGAAUCUAAAAUGGCUAAUGCCUUUUCUUUUCUCAAUAAUAAAUCCACUUCAGCUACAGCACCUGUUUCAGCUUCAGGAAGCAAUACUGCUGCUAGUGAAAAAGAUCUUAAAAUGAAAGCUUUGAAUAGCCAAUUUAAGGACAAGAUUAUCGACACCAUUAAGAAUGAUCCAAUGGCAGAUUUAACCCCAAUUUUGGAGAAAUACAAAAAUUUUAUGAAGACUCUUAUUCAUUCAGGGAACGCUACUGCUGUGCCAACUACUAAUCCUGUACCAACUAGUUCAUUUACUUUUACCAAACAAUCUCCAUUGGAUUUAGCUUCAGAUACAAAAUCAGAAAGUGCACCAGUUUCUUCAACAAAUACUAAAUCACAACCCUCUGAUGAUAAUGAAUCUUCUGAUGAUGAAAUCAAAGUUGAAGGCCCAACCUUCACUUUAUCUAGUAAUCCAACUACUAAUAAUUCUGUAUUUACAUUUGGUAAGAACAAUACCAAAAAGACAAAAAAUGAUGAUGAUAGUGAAAGUGAUGUUGAAAUUAAGGGCCCUCAAUUCACUUUUAGUGGUGCAGUACAAAGUGAUACUUUCAAAUUUAAGGAUUCUAAGCCUGUAGAAAAACUCGAAACCAAAGGGACAGAGAACACUAAACCAAUUUCUAAAGUUGAUUUGCCAACAAAUUCUGUUCCAGAAUCUACUAAUCUUGAUACUGCUUCUAAAAAUACAUUCACCUUUAGUGCUCCACAAACAUCAACAAGUGAUAAUAAAGCAGACGACACUGCAGCCAAACCAAAGCCAUUUUUCUUUGGACAACCAACCUCUACUUCAACUUCAGAUGCUAAACCAAAUCCAUUUUUAUUUAACCAACCUACUCAGACAGAGAAAAAGCAAGAAUCAAAACCAGACGCUGAUAAUUCAAAACUAAGUUUUAACUUUGCACCAAAAAAUACAGACGCUGAUACUCCAAAAACUCCAACUUCUACUUCUACUGUAAAACCUUCAUUCAACUUUGGUAAUAUAGGUUCUAAUACAAAUACCAAUCAAGACUCUACUUCGGGGGGUUCCUUUAAAUUUUCAACUUCCAAUAAUUCAACCACAGAAAAGAAUACUGAUACUGCAAAAAAGACAUCGUUUGUAUUUGGUACCUCAUCAAAAGAACAAAAUAAAGAAGAACUAAAACCAACUUUUACCUUUGGGUCUUCUUCCACAAAUUCUGCUCCAACUUUUAAAUUUGGUGCUACUUCUACAAGUUUAUCAGCUACUCCACCAGCAGACUUUAAAUUUGAUUUACCAUUUGGACAGGGGAAAAGUAAUACACCUACAACUGAAGCAACUUCUUCUACUCCAGUUGUUACCACUUCAAAUAAUGAUGAAACUUCUAAUGCUGAACCGCUUGAGGAAAGUCAUAGUCAAUUAGAUUUACAUAAUGGUGAAGAAGAUGAAAAUGUUUUAUUUUCACAAAAGGCUAAGUUAAUGAUAUUCGAUACAGAAAAACAUAAAUAUGAUUCAAAGGGUGUAGGUGAAAUGAGAUUAUUACAGAAAAAGGACGACAAAUCUAAAAUUAGAUUUUUGUUAAGAUCCGAUGGUAUGGGCAAUAUAUUAUUAAAUUCUUUACUAGUAAAAAGUUUUAAUUUUGGUCCAUUAACCCCUCAAAAUGAUAAUUUAGUUAAAACUCCUGUUAUCAAUGCUGAUGGUAAAUUAAUAACUUAUGUGGUUAAAUUUAAACAAAAAGCUGAUGGUCGUUUAUUUGUAAAGGCUAUUGACGAUGCUAAAAAUGAUAUGUAA